UUAUAUUUUGAUAAGGUAUAAUAACGGCUAUUGUAUUUAAUAAUAAUCGAUAUUCGAAAAUUGAAACAACAAUACUAAUAACAUAGAUUUAAUUUUAUAACUGGAUCUAUACCUGCCUACGUGUUUACUAUCAGCAACAAUAAACACGAACGCAAAAGCGAAUUAAUAUCAACAUCAAAAGUGUAAAACGGCUCAGUGAUGAAUAAAAAACCGGUCCGAACUGGUCCAAGGAUUCGUAUAACGAGACCAGCUAAUAGAAAAAAGGAGGAAACUCAAAAACAGGACGAUAGGAGCUACAUAUACAGCUGUCAAUAUUGUCGUUUAAGAUUCACACAGAACAGUCAUUUCUGUCGCCACAUGACAUCCAACCACCAGGCUCAGCAGCGAGAGGCCACCUUCGAGUGUAACGAUUGUCAGAUCGUCUUUAACAGGAAGAGCAACUUGGAUCUCCACUGUCAGACCCAGCAUCAACGGAAAAGUAAAUCGAAGUGUGAAUCAUGCGCUAUAACGUUCAAAUCGCGCUAUUGUUUACGUCGACACAUGAAAUUGAAGCAGAUACUAGCGGAGAAUUCGUGUUUGAAGUGUCAAAAGAAGUAUACAAGUAAGGAUGAUCUAUUGAAACAUAUAAAUAAUAAGCACACACAUAAAAACGCUACAUUCGAGUGCGAUCACUGCUCUCUUAAGUUCAAAGCAAAGCAGUCUCUUCUGACACACUUAAACCGUAUACAUAAAAAAUUAUGAUUAUUAUUGUAAAUUUUUUUUUUUCUAUUUAUAAUUAGAAUGUAAUGUUUUAUUUAUAAUUUAUCAAAUAAGGGUAUUUGAUUGUAUUUAUUUUUUAUUCAUAAUACCAUUAUGACAGGAAGGAAAGAGCCUUUGUGCACUAAAUAGAAAUUAAAAAAAAAAACAUUUAUCCCAAAACUGAAAUUAAUAAUUAGACCAAUGUUAUGAUAUUGUGUUUCUGACCUCCUAAAAUAUCAUGAACCAUGAUUGGGUACUUACAUUUUUGCAAACCAUGAAUCCUCAGGACCUUAGGAAACAAACAAUAACCAAAAUGGUAUAAAAAUCAUUGACAGUAACAUAAAAUAUAUUUAAACAUAACACUUACGGACUAUCUACAAUUUAGUAUAAUUUUUUGAGCUGAUCAACUUUCCUGUUACGAUUUCUAGAUCCUAAAUAUGAUAUAAUCUUGAAAUGAACUAUAAUUCUAAUAAUGAUACACUAUUUAUAUCCCAUAGUUCAUAACUUUUUGUAAAUGCCGUUUAAAACUCAUAAAAACCACAAUAUCUCUUUGUUUGAAGUAUUAAUUACUCGGUUAUAAAGAUAUUUUUAAAUUAUGCCCUUAUACUGUAAACUUAGUUAGUGUAGACAGCUGACAAAAGUUUUACCAAUCACCAAUAAAAACCAAAAUCGAUAUAAUCUAUCUAUUUAUAUGUGCAAUGAGAAUUUAUUUUUGUAAUACCUAACUGAACAAAGGUACUAAUUAUAAAAUUUAUCCCGGACCAUGCACAGUGCAUUUCUAAGAAUGUGUUUUUUAAUAUAUAACAUUAUUAUAAAAGUAGCCGUGCUACAUAUACACUUGACAAGUGUGUUUUUCAUAUUCUUGUUAAUCAUAUUUUAUAUUUAUUGUUCAUGAGAUGAAAUUAAUAAAUAAGUAAGCUCCCAUUCUAUCCUGAGUUAUAAAUGUACACUGUAGCUAAUGUUAUGGUACCAGGGUAUCAGGAAUGUAAUGAAACUGGCUGAUAACUGUUUUCUUUAGCGUUUUAUAUAUAGAGCACUUACAUUCAAAACAUAUAUACAUAUCAAAUACCCGAAGAAAUUAAUUUUAAACUUUGUGCGAUGUAAAAUAUUCUCAAAUUAACAAUAAUUUAUUUGAUUAAAUCACAAACGUCGAAUAAUAUACUUUUUCUAUAAAAUUAUUAAUAGGAAAAACAAACUUAGGAGUUAAUUGUCCAUUGUCCUGUGUUUAAAUAGCGAAGGAUAAUUGCAAACUCGUUAUAUAAACCUACUUUUCGAUUAAUGUAUUUUAGUUGCAAUGUGUGAUAAGUAAUUUGAGAUUUUACUUCCAAUGAUGACUAAGACUUGUGUCCUCCUUAAUAUGUUGGUUUACUUAUGAUCUCCUGGUACAUGAGGCAUCCUCUUCAACAUUAAGAUUGUUGUCAUUCGAAUACUAAUUAAUAUUGUGUAUGAUCUGCUUGUACUUAUGAAACUAGAUCUAUAACUAAGUUUAGUGUCAUCUGCCUUUUUAUGAUCUCCUGGUACAUGAGAUUUACUUAUUAACCAAGAUUGUUUUCUUCCGCAGUUGGUACUUGUGAAAUUCGUUUUUUAACUAAGCUUGGUGUCAUCUGCGUUAUAUGAAACCUUUUCAUGGUCUCCUGGUACAUGAGAUUCAUUUAACCAAGAUUCGCAUCUUCCGCAGUCUGUUUGCCUAGUACUUGAUACAUAAAAGACAAAACCAAAAGGAAACUUGGCUU